CUAAUGAUCAGUGAGAUUAUAAUGCCACUUUUUUCCAGCACAAACAGCAGAGCUGAUCACCAUGAAAGCCAGGUCAAAUGUGACAGAAAUCCAGGUGAAGGCUCUGACGAGAGAUGGAGAAGUCAAACAGGUUGCUUUCUCAGCCUCUCUCUUGGCUUCAAGUUCUGGGUAUGUGGGACCGUUUAACACACACACUCCUCUGGUGUUCAGGCAUGUUGUCACAAACAUUGGAAAUGCCUACAACCCAAACACAGGUUUCUUUACUGCACCAGUGAGAGGAGCCUACCACUUUGAGUUCUACAUAUGUGCAACUGGACAUUCUUCACAUCCUACAAGUGCUGUUCUGGUGAAGAAUGGAGGACAUGUUUUCAUUGCAUAUGAGCAUCAGCCAUCUUAUCAUGUUAGCUCUGCUAAUGGAGCCACUCUGCUUCUUGAGGUUGGAGAUGUUGUGUUUUUGCGUCUGUGGAUAAACUCUAGGAUAUUUGACAAUGAAAAUCACCACAGCACCUUCAGUGGUCAUCUGCUUUUUACCAUGUGA